AUGACAGACACGACGACCAGCACUCUCUCACAAGCUUCGGGAAAAGCUGAGCAAGAUUCGGACAUGGAGCUUCGUAAUCAGUUCAUGACCGAUGUGGAACUAGCAGCUGUCGAUGAUGAACAUUUAAAGAAUACUACUGUUCGGAACCUUAUCUGGAAAAAUGUCACCGUCACUGUGAAAGACUACAAAACGAAAGAACCAAAAGCGAUUCUAGAUGACCUUAGUGGUGUAGUCGAAGCUGGAGAAAUAUGUGCUUUGAUGGGACCUAGCGGUUGUGGAAAAACUACAUUGCUGAAUGUUCUGGCCCACAGAAUUGCAGCUGCGAAAGCGACUGUAACAGGAGAAACUCUGGUCAAUGGAUCAAAUCCACCGAUGAAAGCCUUUCGAGAUAUGAGUUCAUACGUUGAACAAGAGGAUGCCCUUAUAGGCUCUUUGACUGUGCAAGAAACACUGAAUUUUGCGGCUCGUCUUGCUCAUAAGAGUUCAUUGACAAAAACCGAGCGAAUGAGGCGGAUCAGGGGCUUGCUAGAAUCAUUCGGUCUUCGUAAUCAAGCGCAUACUAUUAUUGGGACUCCAAUCCAGAAAGGUAUUAGUGGUGGUCAGAAACGACGAGUGAGCGUUGCAAGUCAACUCAUCACUGGACCUAAACUUCUCUUCUUGGAUGAACCCACGUCCGGUCUGGAUUCCGCGGCAAGCUGGGAAGUUAUGUCUUUCGUGAAAGAGGUUGCGAAACGAAACAAUCAAGCAUACACCAACCUUCUACAUCCACGUUUCAUCUGUUUGAUAAGCUGA